GCUGUCCAUCCAUCAUGGGUGCAUUUAUUGCCAAGAUGCUGCUGCCUACAGUCAGCAGCCUGGUGUUCCUGCCUGCAGCCAGUGUGGCUGCCAAGAGGGGCUUCCACAUGGAGUCCAUGGUCUACUUCUUCACCAUGUUCUUCACUGCGAUGUAUCAUGCAUGCGAUGGACCAGUCUUUUCCAUCCUGUGUUUCAUGAGAUACGACAUUCUGGAGUAUUUCAGUGUUUAUGGCACUGCCCUCUCCAUGUGGGUCACUCUUAUAGCUCUGGGUGACUUUGACGAACCACAGCGCGCCAGUAUAACCAUGUUUGGAGUGUUAACCAUCGCUGUGAGGAUCUACCAGGAUCGCUGGGGCUACGGGAUCUACUCUGGACCAAUCGGAUCAGCUGUCUUCAUCAUCAUGAUCAAAUGGCUGCAGAAGAUGAGGCAGUUGAAGGCGGUGUAUCCGGAGAAGACUGUAUAUACGCAGCAGGUCGGCCCAGGCUGCUGCUUCGGCGCUCUUGCUCUGAUGCUGCGUUUCUACUUUGAGGAGUGGGACUAUGCCUACGUCCACAGCUUCUACCAUCUGUCUCUGGCUGUGUCCUUCGUCCUGCUGCUGCCCAAGAAGAAUCGCUAUGCAGGGACGGGACAAAACGCCGCCAAACUAAGCUGCUUCACCCUCUGCUGCUGUACUAUGUCCCCUGGUACUUCUAAAGAGAAGACAGACAAACCUAAGAAGAAGUCGUCCCGCACUGUGUGGACAGUCCCCAUCAAGAAGUCAUGGACGCCAGACUGCAGCACCCCCACCCUCCCUCUCUACAACACCACCCCACCCUCCACACCUAUCAAAGGGACCAGCAUCAGCAAGCUCAAAGAGAUGAACGGUUGGAAGUGACCCCAAAAACACAACUGACAAUCUGUCUAAUGUCGUCGGACUUCAUCCUGAAGAACAGGCAUAGCGAGUGGUGGGUUAUGAGCGGGAAAUGGGAAGAUAACCAAAUAACUGUCAGCUAAAUGCUGAUAAACUUGUACGUGGCUGGUAAGUUAAUUUACUUCAGCAGGAAACCAACCAUCAUGUGGACAUCCUUUCUACUCCAAAACUCAUUUUUGGCUGGUAGAAUAUUUAAGGUCAACAGCGACUUUUGGAAUCCACCAGCCACUGUAGCCAACAGGUAAAGAAACAGUAUCGUCCUGUCAUGGUUAUAAAAAUUUAGAGGCAAGGACAAAAGGUGAAUCGGGACUCUGGUGCCCUCGAAGACCCGAUAAGAACACAGCUGUCUGAAGCACUUGUCCAAAUCUGAGGACAGGCAGCAUGCUACGAAGAACACACACAGCACGAACAGGGAGACGGUGGCUGAGACAAGCCAGUAAAACUGACUGGAAAAUUUAUGAGAAGAACAAACAGGCAGAUGGUUUAUCUCUCCAAAAUAUAUAAAUUGUCUUUAGAAAUGUUCCUCAGGGGACUCCCUUCGUCUGCUCGCCUCUGUCUGUCCGUUCUCCCUCCUCUUUCUCUUUCCCGUCUCUCGCAGGGAAGGGAAACACGCGGUCGAACUCGGCUAUGAAAAUUACAAGACUGUAAAGCACAUUUUACCGUUUUUAUACGUCCUCGAGGUGCCAAAUGUGUCAUGUGGAGCAUCAGACGAUGGAGCGAGGGAUAGCAGCGGCCCAGACGUCGGGCUGUAACCCGCCUGAAGCAUCUUGAUGUGUUUCUGGAUCAGCAGGUGGACUCUUCUGUCUGUUAACUUUACUUUACUGACCGAGCAGCUUUGGAUAUGAUUUCUGUCCCCAAUGUGCAUUGUUCAGACAGUGUAAUGUUUCUGGUGAAAACUUUUAUGAGUAUAUUGCUAUUUAUUACAGUAUGGAAGAUUGUAUAUUCUGUAUACAGUAUAUAACUGUGUGUUUGAUUUUUUUAUAAUUUUGUAAUAUUUUCUAAAUAAAAUGAAAUGUUGAAUACCUGUUUUUAACUGGUCUUCAGGGACUGGAUGGAAUUUUUACAGCCUCAAGCGUCCCAGCCAUUAUCAUAAUGAAGUGAUAUGGAUUUUACAGAAGCCGGCCAUUGACAAAAACCCUGACUGGCACAAACUUCAAGGCCCACUUCAGUCUAGCAAGACUAAUCCAAUUCCAAACCCACAUAUCUCGUUUCACUUUCACUUCAGGAGAACAUGCGUCCAUGCACGUCACCUGCCCGCGAACACUACCCAAAGACUACAAACGUGUUCUGCGUAUCUUAGACAAAACAGUCUCCGGCCAGAACGUGAAUGAACCUCCACCUCCACCAGGGAAUGUUUUGAGCCGGG